AUUAGCCAAUCGAGUAACCCCACGAGUAAAUACACGAAAGUCCUGUAAAAGUUAGGAAACAUUUCAGAUGAUGCUGAUAAUUGAUUGUUAGCAGAAAUGGUGUCUAAAGAUAUUUUACAAGUGAUUAAAUCACUUGCUGUCAUUACUUUAUCUCUGGAUUUCUUUUUUGAUGUUGUUAUAGCUACCUCAGAAGAUGCUAGCAAGCAUCUGGAGAUGGGGAAGCAGUUGUUGGCUGCAGGGAACAUGGUGGAAGCUCUCUCACAUUUUGACAUUGCUGUUGAGAAGGACCCCAGCAACUAUUUAUUGUAUUUUAGACGGGCAACAGUAUAUUUAGCACUGGGAAAAUCCAAGUCAGCUUUGCCUGACCUAGAUAAAAGCAUCCAGCUCAGACCUGGUUUUGUUGCUGCGCUGACCCAGAGGGGAAACGUCUACCUUAAACAGGGUAACUUGGAAGCUGCAGCAAGAGAUUUUGAAGAAAUUCAUCAGAGGGAUCCAUCAAACCAGGAGGCAAUGAAUUAUUUGCAUCAAAUAGAACCAUUAGCAGACGAAAUUGAGCAUGCAAAAAUGAUGUUUCACAAUAGGGAUUACCAAGGAGCUAUUAUAUUGUUAUCUAAAGCAAUUGAUUUGUGUCCAUGGGAUCCAGACUUACGAGAGAUCAGAGCAGAGUGUUACAUUGCUCAGGGAGAUCUUGGUAAAGCUGUUAGUGAUAUACGUCCUACAACAAAAUUAAGAAAUGACAAUACAAAAGGAUUCUUGAAGUUGUCCCAUUUGUUAUAUGAUAUGGGUGAUGCAGAUGAAUCCCUCUCUCAAGUAAAAGAGUGUUUAAAGCUGGAUCCAGAUCAUAAAGAGUGUUUUCCAUUUUAUAAAAAAGUGAAAAAACUUGCUAAACAGUUAAAGGAAGCACAAGAACUAUCUAAUGGUGAACAUUACGAUGAUUGUGUAAAAAAAGCUAAGAAAAUUAUGGAGACUGAACCCAAAGCAUUCCAUUUUGUUCAUACAGCAAAAUCACAUAUAUGCCACUGCUUAGCUAAGGGUGGUCAUGGAAAUGAUGCAUUGAAAGCAUGUAAUGAAGUGUUAGACAUGGAUCCAGAGAAUGUGAAUGCAAUGUGUGAUAAAGCAGAGGCCCAUAUAGCUAACGAAGAUUACGAAGCUGCUGUGAAAGAGUAUCAACAGGCCAUGAAUAUAGACCAAGAGAGUCGUAGAGCCAAGGAAGGAAUUGAACGUGCUCAAAAAUUGCUCAAAAACUCACAGAAAAGAGACUAUUAUAAAAUAUUAGGGGUUAAAAGAAAUGCAAAGAAGAAGACGAUAAUGAAAGCUUAUAGAAAGUUGGCAGCUAAAUGGCAUCCUGACAAACAUCAGGGAGAUGAUAAAGAACAUGCAGAGAGAAUGUUCAGAGACAUUGCAGCUGCUAAAGAAGUACUUACAGAUCCAGAAAUGAGAGAAAAGUAUGAUCACGGUGAGGACCCACUGGACCCUGAACAGCAACAGGGAGGACACGCCCAUCCAUUCUUUCAUGGCUUUAAUCCAUUUGGACAUGGUGGUGGCAAUCAGGGAUUUAACUUUAAGUUUCAUUUCAACUGAGAUGGAAGGCAGCAUUUACUGUGAUAUUACUGUAUUUGUUCAUAAGUGUUCCAGUCAUUAUAUUCACUGUAUGUGAUGUUAAUAUGUUUUGAAUAACGUUCCAGUUGUUACUGACAGUCUGUCACUGUGAUGUUACCUGUUCUAAAUAGAGCAUGCAAUUGAUUCAGUGACAUGCAACUUCAAAAGUAUGGAAUACAUUUUAUAUAGAGCGUAUUUAUCUAAGAUAAUUAAAACUGUAAUAAUUUAGAUGCAUACUUCUAGAUCUAUGUCAUUUUUUCCAGGUUUUAUAGUAUUUUCAUUUAUACAUAGUAUAAAAUAAAUUGAUUCAUGGAGAUCUAGGUGGGAUUAAUUUAUAUAAGUACAGUAAAACCUGUCUUAAACAGCCAGCCAAGGCAGUGAGAAAAAGUGGCUGCUUAAUGCAGUAAAUUUAUAGAACAAAUGACCAUUUGGGAAAUGAGACACCGGCUGCUUAAGACAGGUUGGCUGUUUGACUGCUAAAGCAGGUUUUACUUUAAUCUGUGUUCUCUAUGCUGGCAGGUGUUUAUGUAUAGGUACCCUCUUUAGAAAGGCUUUGAUGUAUACACAUACUGUAAUAUAUUUGUGUUCAAAAUAAUUAAGAUAUAAGUCACUAGAUAAUCAAAUAUAUACAAAAUUUUAAACCUGUGAGCCCCUCGCAGGAAAUACGUGACAUAGCAGAAAUGGAAGAUUUUCCUCUACUUAGAUUGGCUAGUCGCAAUAUCAAGGCGCUGUUUUUUCUGCAUUGAUUUAAUUUUUAUAUGGAAGUUCAUCUGAAUAUUGCUAACUGCAGUUGAUGUGUCUAAUAGGCAUUAAGUUUGCCAGCUGAAACAGAGAUGUUAAUUAUUUUAAAUUAUUUCAAAUGUUUUGCUUCAAACUAGCAAACUUCACAGCUGGAAAAGAAUUUUUUGCUUGUCUACAAAACAGUUUUGUAUUUAAGUCCCAGACUGAAAUAUAUACACCCUAUUGGGAUAUUAUGAUAAUGUUGUGUUUUCCAUACAAGUUCAUUAAUUUUGUUGUGAAGAUAGCAAGUGAUUAAAUCACAGAGAAUAAGAAAUAUAUAAUAUACAAUGAUGAAAACUGAAAUUAUACAUUUAGUCACUUAAUAGGAUAAUUUAUCUUGCGUAUUAUAACAAUGAAUUCCAUUUAUACAUGUUGUGCUAUAUUUGAACUUAUUUUGUAUUGUUUUUAAGCUCAACCAGAUCUGAACCAAGGAUUCCUGGGGAGCUGUAGGUAUAUGUGGAUGGCCAGGUGUCCCGUCAAAUCAGCUUCUUCUCAUGACCCAUUAGAUCAAUCCUGACCAAACUUUGUUAAAGGCAUCAUUAUAUGGACCACCUCUCCCAAAGUUUGAUCAAAUGGUUACUGUAGAAUCAUUAGUAUUCAUGGGAGACUAUUUUCUAUUGACUACAAGGUUUAGACAGUCCACAAAAUUAAGUUCUAACAAACAAAUAAAAUUCCCUUUCUUUCUAUAUUCAAAAGUUGAAAGCCAUGAAUUCAUAUCCCAAUGACACCCAUUUUUAAGGUGAUAAUUUCAAGGUAAAAAUGUAGGGUUUUUUUAAUACUGGGUCAUAUCUAUUGUUUUUCAGAAGGAAUAUUUUUCAUACUAAAACAUAGUUGUUUCCUUUCAUUGUGUCAUGAUGUAUUCAAGAGUUGAAGGUCAAUGUCAGGUGAAUGUCUGCAUGAUGUAUUCAAGGGUUGAAGGUCAAUGUCAGGUAAAUAUCCGAGGGUCAUGAAGACUAUCUUAUUUAAAGGCACUGAUCUCCAGAUUGUAUGACCAAAAAAAGAGAAAACUUUCAGAUGUUGGUAAAUUAUUUUUUGCUAUAUUUCUAAAGAAGGAUUUGAAACUUAGUCACUGACAGAUUAUAUUUGUUUUGAAACACAUGAGAAUAAGAUGUUUUUUUACUAAUUUUUCCAUUCAAAAGCGAAAAGCAUUUAUAAUGGGAUACAGGAGAAAACUUCCUUUUGUAAUUGGAUACCGGAGGUAAACUGCCGUAAUUAUAAAGCUUCAUAUUUAACAUUUUGUUAAGUAUGAAUUCCUCCAUGGUGUAUUGGUCAAUAAAGUUGGAAUCUUUUUUUUUGCUUGGGCAGUCUGGAUUCGAUUUCUGGCUCGGGCAUGUUUUAUUUCUUGAUUUUACAUUUUUGAAGAUAGUUUAGAAACAUGAACUCAAGUUCUUGACCACCAACUUCAGUUUUAAAGAAAGGCCAUUUUGAGCCGAAAUCUGGAGUUUAGUCCCUUUAAUGGCUAACUACUGCUGCACUUUAUUUCUGUUUUUAAUGUUACUUACUUUUAGUACUUAAUCAUGAAAAAAUAAUUUGAAUAAAUGUGUUUAAAGGUUAAUUGUAAACAUGUUCAGGCACUUGAUCACGAAGAAAUGUAACCCUGUUACACAUUCAUAUUGUAUACAUUCUGACAAACUAGUCUGUCUUGUGUGUUUAAAGAUGUCUCUCGGAGCAAUACAUGCCCUUACAGAGGCAAGAAUACUCCUCAACAGAAUGAUUUAUGAUAACACUGACAUUGACAUAUUCAAAGAUUUAUAUAGUAUAUAAUUGAUGGACACCUCCAAAAGUUAAAGCAGUUACAAAAUGCUGUAUGAAACUACUCUAAUACAAAUUUGCAGAAUAUCAUAUGAGCCGUGCCAUGAGAAAACCAACAUAGUGGGUUUGCGACCAGCAAGGAUCCAGACCAGCCUGCGCAUCCGCGCAGUCUGGUCAGGAUCCAUGCUGUUUGCUAUUAGUUUCUCCAAUUCCAUUAGGCUUUGAAAGCGAACAGCAUGGAUCCUGACCAGACUGCGCGGAUGCGCAGGCUGGUCUGGAUCCAUGCUGGUCGCAAACCCACUAUGUUGGUUUUCUCAUGGCACGGCUCAUAUAUAGUAUGAGCUUUGUUUUAAUGUCAGUUUUCUGAACCUGGCAUGUAAAUUGUUUUGACAAGUAUAUCUUUUCCUUGUUUUCACUUAAAGGUCUGGUGUCAGUUUGAUUUUUUUUAUUUAUAUACAUUUACAUACUGAAGUUUUAACUGAUGGCAGUUUUAUAGAAAUAUGAUACAAUAUUCCACAUACUGUGUUAAUAGGCACGAGGUUCCUUUGAAAUUAAGGAGGAAAGUAAUUGUCUAUUGUAUUUGUUGUUAAAAAAUCAUAAAUAACAGUUUAAAUGAGAACAUAUGUAGGUGUAUUCUACUCCAUUCAGAAUUAUAGGGGAUCUGCAGAUGAUAUCAGUUUCUGAAAAAAAGACUUAAUGCAUCUCAUAUCAGCUUAGUGUGGUUAAAAAAGUGCGAUUGUGUUUUUGAGGACUGAAAAAUUGUUUUAAAAAGUUUGUUACGAGUUCCUAGUGAACAUGAUGCAUGUUAAAGUUUAUGUUUAUAUUAUAAAGUGUACAUGGGAAUUUUGUUUGAUGCAUAAGGUGAAUAUGCAGUACAGUGUAAUUUAUUAUCAUGUUACUUGAAGUGCUGACAUUUUACUGUGAAUUUUCCGUUCAAAGGAGGUUCAUUUUAACUACAAAAUCCUCUUCCAUUUUCCAGCAAGAUACACCGAUUAUAAUCAGAGUCUUGGGAAAUGAUUUUUAAAAAAAAAAACAAAUUGAAGUCUUAGCAUUUCAGACAUAUAUUGUGUUUGAUACAGACAUGGAAUUGUUUAUUCAGAAAGCUCAACAUAAUUUAGCUGUCCAUAUGUGUAACUGUAUUAGAUUCAUUUGUGUCUAGUUGUUGUUGUUGUUGUUUUUUGUUGAGGGGGCUGGGUCAGAAACAAAAAUAAUUGGGUGUAUUUUCUUUAUGUUCCUUAGUUUAUACAGCAUGCUGCUGUUAAUUAACUUUCAGGAAUUUGUGUGAAAUAUUCAUGUUUAUCAUCACAUAUUGUUCAUCAAAAGUUUCGUAAACUCCACAUCAAAAUUUAUUUGAAAAAGAAAACCUUAAUCCAAGGGUCAAAGGUUAUGAAACGAAGUUUAGAGACCAGUUUCAAAACUCGGGCAUCUGAUUGGUUGUUUCUAAUCUCAAGUUUUGAACUGACCAAUGGAAUGACUUCAUUCGGAGAUAGGUCUAGAGGCACAGUUUUAUAACCUUGUAUCCAAGUUGACAAAAACGUAAGUUGUUUUUGUAUUCAGUGUUGUCCUAUGAUCUUGUUAUAUGUGUGUAAAAGAGAAUAUUGGAUUUGUACGAGUUUGAAGUUCAAAAUGAAUAUUCCAUUAUGCUGAUCAUUGUGAAGUUUGACUUUGUGCAAUUUAAUUGUAUAAUGUUUGUUAUAUGCCUUGAAUUGGAAUAAAGGUUUAUAUUGAAAUAAAGAUCUAAAACCCGUCA